AUGGACUGCAACCGCUCGAACGCCUCGGCCGCUGUCGCCGACAGCCUGUCGGUCGGCCGGAAGGAUUCAGAGACAGUCGUCCGGGAGAUGGGCAUCUGCAAAAUGGCAGUACCAGGCAACUUCCGACCUGUUCCAGGCUCCUUCGCAUGCGAGUAUGGCGAUUGCCGACAGUCGAGUUCUUAUUCUUCCAACACAACUCCGAACGAGAACGUGCUGGCCAUUCGUUAUAUCUGUCGCCAAUCAUGA